UCAGUGCCAUAGAAGUGGUUGUGGAACAUGGCUUGGCUACUCCAGAAGGCCUGACGGUUGACUGGAUAGCAGGCAACAUUUACUGGAUAGACAGCAAUCUGGACCAAAUUGAAGUAUCUAAACUUGAUGGUUCUCUGAGAGCUACACUGAUAGCAGGAGCCAUGGAGCACCCCAGGGCCAUUGCACUGGACCCAAGAUAUGGAAUUCUUUUCUGGACAGACUGGGAUGCCAAUUUCCCUCGCAUUGAAUCUGCCUCCAUGAGUGGUGCUGGGAGGAAAACCAUCUAUAAAGACAUGAAAACUGGGGCAUGGCCUAAUGGACUGACUGUGGACCACUUUGAAAAAAAGGAUAGUUUGGACAGAUGCCAGGUCAGAUGCUAUUUAUUCAGCCUUCUAUGAUGGAACAAACAUGAUAGAAAUUAUCAGAGGACAUGAGUACCUGUCACAUCCCUUUGCUGUGUCUUUGUAUGGGAGUGAGGUGUACUGGACAGACUGGAGGACCAACACACUGGCCAAAGCCAACAAGUGGACAGGGCAGAAUGUCAGUGUGAUUCAGAAGACCAGUGCACAGCCCUUUGACCUUCAGAUAUACCAUCCCAGUCGACAGCCACAAGCUCCCAAUCCUUGUGCAGCCAAUGGGGGUCAAGGCCCGUGCUCUCACCUGUGUCUCCUCCAUCACAAUAGGAGUGCAGCCUGCACCUGCCCCCACCUGAUGAAGCUUUCCUCUGACAAGAAGACCUGCUAUGAUAUUCAGAGCAUCAGAGGGUUAGCAGUGGACUGGGUUUCACGUAAUUUAUACUGGAUUAGCUCAGAAUUUGAUGAAACACAAAUUAACGUGGCCAGGCUAGAUGGCUCUUUGAAAACCUCAAUUAUCCAUGGAAUCGAUAAGCCACAGUGCCUGGCAGCUCACCCAAUCAGGGGGAAACUGUACUGGACAGAUGGAAAUACAAUAAACAUGGCAAAUAUGGAUGGAAGUAAUAUCAAGAUUCUCUUUCAGAACCAAAAAGAGCCAGUUGAUAAGUGUGACCAUCACUCCUCAUCAAGGAAUCUUUUCUUAGCUACAAAUGGAGCCAACUACAGAAAACCACAACCAAUCAAAAUGCAGAGUUGUGGGACUCAGUCUCAAUGGAUACAUCUUUAA